AUGCGUAUCGCGCAUGUGUACUAUACCCAUACCGAUCUCGAUAAAGCACGCGAGUUUUUAGCUAACUUCGGCUUUACAGUAACGGACGAUAGAGGUAACAAAGUAUACUACAAAGGUUACGGCACCGAGCCUUUCGUAUACAGUACUACCAAAGGCGCGGAAAAUGAGUUUAGUGGUGCCGGCUUCGUUGUUAAGUCUAUGGCGGACUUAGAGUUAGCCGCUAAGACUCUUCCUAAGGCGACUCCCGUCCACGACUCGGAUACGCCUAGUGGCGGCAAGCGUAUAACAUUUAGAGAUCCUGUGGAUGACUUCCCCUUUUACCUAGUGUAUAGGAAAACCCCCGUCGAGAAGUCAGCGUACCUGCCCGAGCUAAAGUACAACUUUCCCGAGAAUAAAUACCGGGCCCCGAACGGAAAGGACGUGUCUACUUUCUUGUAUCUGGAUAGAGGGAUAGAGUAG